AACACUUUGGUGUUUUAGAGUAAGUUUCCUCAAUCGUCUGCUUGUCCUGAUUGGAAGCCCUCUUUGUUCUUCAAGGAAAUGACAAGACAGAAGAUAGAAAUAAAGAAGAUCGAUAACAUAACUGCGAGGCAAGUGACGUUCUCAAAGAGAAGAAAAGGGCUAUUCAAGAAAGCUCAGGAACUAUCAACUCUCUGUGAUGCUGAGAUUGCUCUAAUGGUCUUUUCUUCUACUGGGAAGCUCUUUGAAUAUGCUAGCUCAAGCGUGCAGCUGGUUAUUGAAAGGCUUGGUCCGCUCUCAGACGACACUGAAAGAUUAGACCAUCCUUCUAUAGAGUAUGACAGGGACACUUUCAGCAAGCUCAGCAAGGAAGAAGCCAAUAAGGUUCAGGAACUGAGGCAGUUGAAGGGAGAAGAGCUUGAAGGAUUGAACACAAAAGAAUUAGAGAAGCUUGAGGACCAAAUAAAAAGAGGUUUGAGCCGUGUUGUCAAAGCAAAGGAUGAAAUGAUCAUGAAAGAGAUCAAUGCCCUGAAGAGAAAGGGAAUCCAGCUGAUGCGAGAAAAUCAGAGAUUGAAACAGGUGAAGAAUGUUGGAGAAGAACAAGGUCGUUCAUCUGAGUCAACCAAUAAUGGCAGCACAUCUGAUCCUCCACGUGACGAUGAUAGUUCAGACACCUCUCUCAGAUUGGGGUCAGUAUAACUAACU